AUGCCUGUUGCUUUGGAAAUGAUCCUGCUUCUCCUCCUCUUUGGGAGCGUCUGGGCCCAAAACGUGAGCUCAGAGUCUCUGGAUGGCCCAGUUACUUUGCAGAGGUUGGAACCCACAGCGUCCUCUGUUUCUUUGGUCUCAAAUAUCUAUGAGACCACAAAAUUCAACUCAAUGACAUCUAAUUUUGCAACAACCGAGGUCCCUAAGACAGAUGACAGCACUGAGCGCAAGAUCUUCCCGCCUUCCUCAACUCCCUAUACAGCCAAUGAGGCUUCCUCUCCUGGGACUUCCAUUGCUGCCAGCAGGGGCCCUCCUGUAAAUGAGUCAAUAAUCUCCCAGAAAGAUUCGGCCAAAAAAUUAUCAAUGCCCCUGGAAAUCUCUAAUGCAACCAGUAUACCUGCUGUCCCAGUAAUGAAAUCUACAGGAUUCCACACUACGACUGGUGAAACCAUGGCAACUAGCCCUCUGGAGACCUCCAGUGGGACCAGUGGACCCCCUGUCACCACAGCAACUAGCUCUCUGGAGACCUCUGAUGGGACCAGUGGACCCCCUGUCACCAUUGCAAUUAGCUCUCUGAAGACCUCCAAUGUGACCAGCGGACCCCCUGUCAUCAUGGAAACUAGCUCUCUAAAGACCUCCAAUGUGACCAGCGGACCCCCUGUCAUCAUGGAAACUAGCUCUCUAAAGACCUCCAAGGAGACCAGUGGACUUCCUGUCACCAUGGCAACUACCUCUCUGAAGACCCCCAGGGGGACCAGUGGCUCCCCCAUCUUUGGUGUAAAAAUAUCCAGCCCAACGUCCUCCACAAACAUAAGCAGUAGGUCCUCCCCAAAUUCAGGUUGGGGGACAAAUGGCACCUUGCUGGUAGCUGUGCUUGUGGCCCUGCUGGUGGUCACUGCCCUCGUGGCACUACUCCUGCUGUGGCGCCAGCGGCAGAAGCGGAAGACAGGAGUACUGACACUAAGCAGGAGUGGAAAACACAACGGGGUGGCAAAUGCCUGGGCUGGGGUAGCCCAGGUGUCUCACGAGGAGGCCGCGACAAUAACAGAGGGAGCGUCUGGGGGUAACAAUGACUCUGGGGUCCCCCAGGGGGAGGGGUCUGGCCAGCGGCCCACACUUACCACUUUCUUUGGUAGACGGAAGUCUCGCCAGGGCUCCGUGGCGCUGGAGGAGCUAAAGCCUGGGCCAGCCCCCAGCCUAAACGGGGAGGAAGAGCCACUGGUGGGCAGCAAGGAUGAGGCUGCGGAGACCUCUGCUUCUGAUGGGCCGGAAGAGAGAGAUGUGGAGGCGCCUUAACGUUUGAGAAUAAUAAGACUGGAGUUCAGAAUCGUUCCCGCUUUCAUCACCUUCCCUCCUGUCAUCACGUCCAGCCUCAUCAUCACCCAGCAUUUUCACCCGGCACCCUUUGGAUUUUCACCCAGCAUCUUCACCCUGAAUCCUCAUGCAGCUCUUCCAGCCAGCAGCCCACGCAGCACCCACACCCCGCGCGUAGAUCAGGGCUGACACCCACUGAACCCUUGUACAUAGAAUGAACGACCUUUCCUCAUCAACCCCUACUUCUCCCCAUCACAUUUUCUCCACAUUUCUGUCCUUGAAACCAGCUGCUGAGUCUCCGUAAAGGCCAAACUUCCUUGACUUAUGAUUUCUCAGAGGAUUCCCCAGGAAUACCAGAGUCUGGGAAGAAGAAGGAAAUAGCAACCCAGCAAACUCCCACUUUAGGAUUACUGUGGAAAGUACAUUUGGCCCCAUGGAUUAGGACAGUCCUACCGGCUCAGCCCAUGAACUGCCUUUAACUCCAGGCCCCAGUGCUCUGUGCUGGGCCAGCCUGGAGCAUGGGCUGGGUGGUGUCACCCAGCUGUGCUCUCAGGUGCGUCUGAGACGGUCCCUGGACCCUAGGCUGGCCCACGGUCCCAGCCACCACAUUCUCCCCCAAAUCUGGACCGAGGCAGCCAGAGGCUUCAGCUGUUUCUCCUCCCAAGAGCAGAGGUGAGAAGAGUUUCUGGGCAGAUGUAGUUCUUAGAAAUCUCGGCAUCUGCGUGGGUCCACUCAUGCAUGCAGUUUGUGUGCAAGAGGCGAGGACUUGGUGAUGCUUGGGAAGGGCAGUGGUGAGUACAGAUGGCGUGAGGGAGGGGGCAGGAAGGGCUGCAGAGGCUGAGGAAUUGCUGCCCUCAGGAGGUGCUGAGAACAUAGGCGCCCUCGUCUUUGCUCCGAUGGGGUGGAGGUGGAAGAUUUAAUUCCGUCUGCAGCAGGGCUUGACAGAAAGACUGCAUGUGUGACCAAGUGUGGUUCUUCAGCUCAGCCGCUAUGUCCCUUCCUCAAAG